AUGGGCCUAGAUUCACGGGAGCCAUGGCUUUUCAAGCUACGGUCUUCAGAGGCAUUUAUCAUCUUCGUGAUCACUAUUGCCAUGUUCACUGAUACCCUGCUUUAUUCCUUGAUUAUACCCGUUAUUCCAAAAGCCCUGGUUUCACGGGCGGGAGUAGCGCAGGAGGAUGUUCAGUUUUGGGUAUCGAUACUUUUAGCUGCAUACGGUGCUACGCUUCUAUUGGGGUCUCCUCUCUUUGGGUACCUCUCCGACCACUUCGGAUCGCGCAAGCUUCCAUUUACCCUGGGACUUGUAUCACUAUGCUCGUCGACAAUUCUAUUUGCAUUUGCACGCAGACCUGCGGUACUGGUUGUUGCCAGGGCAUUUCAAGGUCUCUCUUGUGCGGCAGUUUGGGUGGUUGGACUAGUGCUACUCGUCGACAACAUUCCCCAGGAACGCAUUGGACAAGCUAUGGGUUAUACAACCGUUGGUAUGACAAUGGGUGGUCUGUUUGGACCGAUGCUCGGGGGAGUAUCGUAUGACUUCUUGGGGUAUUAUGGAGUUUUUAUUUUCCCCACGCUGCUGAUUAUUUUAGAUAUCAUACUGCGAUUUGCCUUGAUUGAGCGGCCUGUUACAAAACAAUCGCUUGAGCGUGAGUCGUCUAGGGCAGAGGAUACAGAACGAAAUGCCCAGGGCACAUCAGCAGACGCCAAUCCCAAUCCAAGCAACCAAUGGAAGACGGAUGAAGAGACGCCUCUCCUAUCUACUCAGCGCCUUGGGGCUAAAGAUAGCCCGAAGUCGAGUGUGCUCCUCCUCAUGCGCUCUUCUCGUCUACUCAUUGCUCUACUUUCUGCGGCAAUGCUUUGUUUGGUUCUGUCGAGUUUGGAGACAACCGUCCCACUUUUUGUCAUGGACAGAUUCCACUGGACUCCGAGCGGCGCUGGGUUGAUUUUUCUUCCUGUCUCUCUCACAGAGAUGGUGUCCGGAUCCAUUAUGGGAAGUCUAGUGGACCGAUUUGGAGCACGACGCCCUGGAUCUCUCGCCUUUGCAGUGACAGGAGUGGCGUUCUUUUCCCUGAGAUUUAUUCUGCAUAAUACCAUUCCCGAGAAAGUUCUCAUGGGUGGUCUGUUGGCACUUGUCGGUCUCGGCAUAACGGUAGUCCAGAUCAUUGCCAUGACUGAAGUUUCUCAAGUGGUCAUUGAUUACGAGGCCCAAUCUCCGGGUAUUUUUGGUGGAAAACCCCCUAUGGCUCAGGCUUACGCACUUUUCAACAUGGCCUACGCAAGUGGGCAAAUGUUGGGACCAGUUGUUGCAGGGUCUCUGCAGAUUCGGACAGGGUGGAGCGGAAUGACGCUCUUUUUUGGGAUUGCCAGUGCAUUGUGCGCGUUACCUAUGGGCCUUUGGAGCGGUACGCCGUCGAAGGUAGAGGAAGGUGACGAGAAUAACGGACUGAUCGUCAGGCCUGAUUAA